UUCCUGUGCAUUUAAUUGUUUCACCUUGUCUCCACUCUCCAGCAUUCAUAGUUUCUGUUUGGUUUCUCGACGAACCAAACAAUUAUCACAAUGGCAUCUCAUCACCACCAUCUCCUAACAACCGUCCUCCUCUUCCUACUCGCCGCCGCCGCUUCCACGGAGCAGCCCAAAUUCCGGGAAGCUCCAGCAUUCCGAAACGGAAAGGAUUGCCCGGCGGCGGACCCUUCAACGACAAUCCACAUAGCCAUGACUCUUGACUAUUCCUCCCCUUACCUCCGGGGCUCCAUCGCCGCCGUUCUCUCCGUUCUCCAGCACGCCGGAUGCCCGGAAAACAUGUUCUUCCACUUCCUCGCCGUCCACCGACACUUCCGGGACCUUAACGCCACCAUCGUCUCCACCUUCCCGUACCUCAAUUUUCGGCUCUACCGCUUCAACCCGGCCCUCGUUCGCCACCUCAUCUCCUCCUCCAUCCGCCGAGCGCUCGACCAGCCUCUCAAUUACGCGCGCAUCUACCUCGCCGAUCUCCUCCCCGCCACUGUUACCCGCGUUAUCUACUUCGAUUCCGACCUCAUCGUUGUGGACGACGUCGAGAAGCUCUGGGGAAUCGACCUCGAUUCCCACGUCCUCGGAGCCCCGGAAUACAGCCACGCCAACUUCACCCCCUACUUCACUCCCCAUUUCUGGUCCCACCCUUUAUUCUCCUCCAUCUUCGAUAACCGGAACCCCUGCUAUUUCAAUACUGGCGUUAUGGUCAUCGAUCUCACCCGGUGGAGAGCCGGCGGGUACACCCAGAAGCUGGAGCACUGGAUGCGGGUCCAGAAGCGGUUCCGGAUUUACAAUCUGGGCUCUCUCCCGCCGUUUCUGCUGGUGUUCGCCGGGAAUGUGAAGCAAGUGGAGCACCGGUGGAACCAGCACGGGCUCGGCGGGGAUAAUCUGGAAGGUCUUUGCCGGGAUCUUCAUCCGGGGCCGGUGAGCCUCCUCCAUUGGAGCGGAAAAGGGAAGCCAUGGCUAAGGCUCGAUUCCAAGAAACCUUGUCCGUUGGAUGGCCUGUGGGCCCCAUACGAUCUAUUCCGUCACGGGUCCCUGUUUUCCGAUAGCUGAUGCGAUGCACGCGAUCAAAACCCACCAGUCUGCACAACAAUAAUAAUUGUAUAGUAGUGAGUGUGAGCUGGCGACAGUGUGACUGAGGGGCGGGAAAUGACGGAUGAGGGCACGGGCGGCGAGUGUUUGGUUGCUUUUUCAGAAGGGCAGUCUUGGAACCCCGUGAAAUUCUAUCUGCAUCUUCAGUCAAAGACGAUUUUAGCCCUAUUGGUUUUUGGCGUUUGGCCGUCGGUGGUGGUUUCUUGGGGAGUAAAAGUGUAAAUAGAAUAGUGCUUUUCCUGUGGGAGUGGCGGUGGUUGGGUAUGUAAAGAUUCUAUGUCGUUAUCAGAAGGAUGUUUUUAAUUUUGUUGGUGGGACACACGGACAGUGCCCACUGGGUAUAACUAAUAAUACAUUUUCUUAAUUGGAUUAAUGUUUUUUUUUAGAAAAAUUGUAAUUUUUGUCCCUAAUUUAUAGAGAAAUUCAUUAUUAAUGGUUGAUUA